GGAGGGAAAACAGGACGGAGCCCUAAGGGAAACUCACCUUUGGAGGGUGUGAUCUGGACAAAGAUCCAACAAAGGAGACUGAGAAGGAGCAGUCAGACAGGUGAUCAAACAUCUGCAGACUGGGGCACCUUCCAGUAUCUUCAACUCUAUAUUGUGGCAAUAUAUGUGUAUACUUCAGUCACUAUCUAUUCCUGGAACUUACCAAGAAAAGAUUACUCAUCUAGGAAAUUCUUUGAAGAAUUUAACUUGUUUAAAGUGUCUAGAUCUCUCACGCAAUUCAUUGGUUUGUCUAGAGGGUAUUGAAUACUUAACAUUAUUAGAAAAUCUCAAUCUGUACUACAAUAAUAUUUCCUCACUAACAGAAGUAUUUCGGCUUCAUCAGUUAACUGUACUAAAAGAUGUGGACUUGCGACUGAAUCCUGUAGCUAAGAAUGAGCCUGAUUAUCGUCUUUUUCUUGUGUAUAUAAUUCCAAGACUUAGACAGUUAGAUAAUCGUUUAGUGAGAGAGAGUGAACGAAAAGCAUCUCUUUCACAUUUUUCUAUGGAAGAAACAUUUGAAUCAAAACAGAUUUCUUCAAAUUCACUGAAAAACAAAGCAGAAAGAGAUCGACAUUCCAGAACAAAAUACAUUGACUCCCUAACAAAGAAGUGUUCAGUCAUGGAUGCAGAAGAUGAAGCUGUUCUGAAUCUGAUUGCCAAAUGUGAAUUGGAUUUAAGUAAGCCUCCUGGGAUUACAAGUGCUAGUAAAAAAGACUGUGCUGUACCUGAAUUUCAUAAUUUGCAAGGUUCUAGACAUCUCCCAAGUCCUAAAACAUUGCCAAAUAUCUCUGAAGAUAACUUAAGGGGCUACGAUAGAAAAAAAAGCAGCAGCAAAGUGAGUUUUCUGGAUGAUAAACUUAAUGAACAUCCCAAAUUGAAAUGUCAAGAUGAAAUAGAAGGUCAGCAUAAACAUAUGUCUCUUAGUCUUUUUGACUUCCAACCCUCAGAAUCUACAGGAAUAGAGGGACCAUUCAAUAAUCCUGAACAGAAGAAAGUUACCUCCGCUCAAAAAAUGCUAAUAUCUUUAGCUACUUCUGGAAUAACACAUAAAAGAAAAGUGCUUAAUAGAAGAUUACAAUCAAUUCAGGAAGAGAAUUGUCAGGACCUUUUGGAAAGAAAUAAUAGAUUACCCAGUGCUGAUGAAAGUAUUUUCAGCCAAGAAAUGGAAAGAAAAAUGAAAUUGGAAAGAAAAAAUGACAGAAGCUUUUCUAACUUUGAUAGAUCUGAACCUGAUAGAUCUGAACAGCCAAGGACUAAAAAUAUAAAUGCAUCUGUCAAAGAGGUGUCAAAAUCUCAUUCAACAACACAGACAAUGAGUAAGGAUAUGUUUGAAAUACCACUCUUGGAUACUCUUUUGGAUUUAGUGGAUAAAUAUUGGAAUGGUCGCAAAUCUCUACAAUCCAAUGAGAAGUUUAUUUGUCAGGCAAGACAUGUUUUGUCUUCUGUGCAAAUAUCUGCAUCCAGUCAGGAAAAUUCAUCAAUCAUGAGUGAAAAAAUUAAUCAUUUGAUUUUAGAAAACAAAGCCUUACAAAAUCUGGCUGAACAGGAACAGCAGUACAAUAUAAGGAUUAGUGGACUGAUGUUGGAAUUAAACAACACACUUAAGGAGAUGGAUACCUUGAAACAACAGUUAAGCAAGUCACUGGAAGAAAACAAUAGUUUAAAAUCACGUUUGUUAAAUAUGGAACAAGGUGCCAAGCAGGAAGAUUCUUCAGCUCUAUUAACUGUGCAGAUUAAUGAACUUCAAAACAGUAAUCAGGAGUUAUCCAGUGAAAUUGAUAACUUAAAAGAACAUCUUGAACACUAUGCCAAGAUUCAGGAACUGACAGAGAUGCUUCAGGAAAGUCACAGUUCUUUGAUUUGUACUAAUGAACAUCUUUUGCAAGAACUCACUCAGACCCGUAUUCGACACAAGACUGAAGUUGAGCAGUUACACUGGAGUUAUAAUGAGUUAAAAAAGACAAUGUCUCAGUUUCCUCUUAGCAACUCUGACCUCAGCAGUAGUUAAUAUUUAUGGAAUGUUGAAGAAUAUACUUUUAACUCUUCAGUCCAUUUUCGUACCUACAUUUUAAAAUUAUAUUGAAAGUGUUUUUACCUCUGAUCUUUGUAUUUCUUCAUAUUUAAUUGUUUAGGAAAGAUUUCAUUAAGAUAGAUUUAUUUUCUGAUUUUGGAAAUAUUUAUGUGGGGAAACAACUCUUAUUUUAAAGUUUCUUAAAUAUCCUAGGGAAGUAAAACUGUAAGGUGUUUUUUGUCUGGGGAAAUCCAAAUCCUAAGCAUGUAAAUAUGCAGCAGGCAUUGAAAUUUCUUAAGAUGGAGUGAGCAUUAGUGCUUAAACAAAUAUUCAAAGAUACUCUGUGUAGCCUUUUAUUAUCUGUUAACUAAAACUGCUAAAUUGUUAAAUAGUGAUUGUUAUUUCAUAUAAUAAGUAUCUACAAGGGAAAUUUACUUGUAGAUAUUUCUUAUUAUGUAGUCCUGAAAAUUUGGUUAUAAAGUGAUUCUUUGUAAGUUUAAUACUAACUUCUCAUUGAGUUCCAUAAUUUUCAUUAUCAUAAAUGGGGUGCAUUUUCACAGGAACAAAAUUUGGCUCAAAAUAUAAUCAGAAUCCACUUUAAAAUUCAAGAAACAACCUAUAUUAAAAAGAAAAUAUUUUUUCUAAAUUAUAAUCAAAAUAAGUCAGAAAGUGCAAAGAAAAGUAUGUAAACUGCCCCUGUUGGAAACUAAAUCAAGUGGAUUGAGUUUUCUUAUAGCAAAAACAUUUGGAGGUUGCAUUCUUGACCAGGAUCCUAGUCUCAGUAGUAUUAUUUUGAAAGCAAAGAGAACAACUAUGAUCCCCUCUAAUCAUUUAAAAAUUGUGUCAUAGAAUUUUACAACUGAAGUACCAGAAAUCAAUUAAUCUAACUUCCUUGUUUUAUGACUAAGGAAACCAAAGACCCAUACAAUUUAAGUGAAUUCCUAAAAUUAUUGUGACAGAGCAGAGGCUGGAACCCAGGUCUCUUGACUUCUAUUUCAGUGCUAUUUCCACUAUUUCAUGAUUUCUCUCUUAUCAUGGUCCUAUAAAAUGGGCAUAAAUGGGCAAUACAGGUUACAUAAUGGGCCUCAGUAUUCACAUAAUAUACAUGUAAACAAUAGAUAUACACAAAACAAAGGUCUACUUUAUCAUAAAUUUGACCUAUCUAAAACUAAAGUGCUCGUUAUAAUAAGCAUGAACAACAUUUAGGUAACAGUUUUUCUUGCCUUCUUAGAAUUUUAAAAGCUCAAAAUUUUUUAAGGCAAUAUUGUUGCCUAAAUUUUAGUUAAUACUUGUGGCCAGCAUUUUAGCGUUAGCAUUUUGUUUAUAUCUCUUGUUAAUAUGAAUUUAAUUUUAAAGGGAUGAUUUGAAGACCCUUUGGGUUUUUUUGUUGUGGUUCAGUCAUU